GCCAGAACUCAGAAGUCAGUGUGAAGAGACAGGCACCCGGAACAGACCUGAGACCUGAGGCCCUGACUAUCAAAAUGACGGAAAAGUCCCCAGAAACACAAGUGGAAAUAGAUGAUGAUGAAUUGGACAGUAAGCUCAAUUACAAGCCCCCACCUCAGAAGUCACUAAAAGAGCUACAAGAGAUGGACAAAGAUGAUGAGAGUCUGGCCAAGUACAAGAAAACACUCUUGGGAGAUGGCCCGGUGGUGGCAGACCCAACAGUCCCCAAUGUCUCUGUCACUCGACUUACCCUGGUUUGUGAUAGUGCCCCUGGACCAAUCACCAUGGACCUCACUGGGGACCUUCAAGCGCUCAAAAAGGAAACAUUCGUCCUAAAGGAAGGUGUUGAAUAUAGAGUCAAAAUUAACUUCAAAGUGAACAGAGAUAUUGUGUCGGGAUUGAAAUAUGUUCAGCAUACCUACAAAACCGGGAUGAAAGUGGAUAAAGCAACAUUUAUGGUUGGAAGCUAUGGGCCCCGGCCAGAAGAAUAUGAAUUCUUGACACCCGUUGAGGAAGCUCCCAAGGGCAUGCUAGCCCGAGGCACCUACCACAACAAGUCCUUCUUCACUGAUGAUGACAAGCAGGACCACCUGACAUGGGAAUGGAAUCUGUCCAUCAAGAAAGAGUGGACAGAAUGAGACCUCUGCCCAUCCCAUUCCCUGCCUUUGUCACCUGGAAGACCCUUAGAGCCCUGAACACCAGCCUUUCACUCUUACAAAUUCUACAGUUAUUUCGGCUUGGCAAUUCCACAUGGAGCCAUCCUACCGCUAUUCUGUCAAGUACUCACUGGCAGAAAAUGCUUGCAACCCAGGCUUUCACCCUGCCUACUUCAAACACCUGUCCAGGACCAGAUCUCUGAAGAUUUCUAGUUCAGUAUCCAGUGAUUCACAUUAGGUUCUUUCCUAAUUUCCAUCAGUGCAGCCAAAAGCAAAGGAAGAUCAUAUUUCACCACAUAAUUGCUGCAUAUUUUAAACCAUAUUUUUUGCAAAAAAGUUGAUAUAGUCAUUAUGUGAAGCUUAUUUUCUUCAUAUUGUACCAACUUUACCAAAACUACAGAAUG